AUGAUCGAGGAAAACUCCCAGCCGGAGAAGAAAGCUAUCUCGAUUGUUGAUGCAAAUUUCAAAUCUACAAGAGAAGUUGACUUAUAUUGUAAAAAAGCCAAAGAUACUGAAGAAAGAGUGCAAAGAACCACUAUUUAUUACCAAGGAAGGGUUAUUCAUUGUAAGAAAAGAGCCCACCAUAAUUGGUGGGCAGCUCGGUUUGCCGAGAGAGAACUCCAUGACUUAAAGAAAGAGUAUGUUUGUAAAAGAAAAAGGUGCCUGAUGGUCGAGGAAAACUGCCAGCCAGACCAAAGGGUUGAUGUGUCACUUGUUGAUGAAGAUUGGGAGUAUAAAGCAACAGAAAUCUUGAUCUAUAGGUAUUAA